CUUCCGGCGGAAGGAGAAGCCGGUUCCGGGUUUUGGCCGACUUCAGGCGAGGAGUGGGUGAUGAGGACUCUAGGAGUUUGCUGAUCUGAGAAGGCCCACUUCUUGUUCAAUGGAUGAUGGCAGUUGAGCAGAUACCAAAAAAGGAUUGGUACAGCAUUCUGGGGGCAGACCCAUCUGCAAGUGUGUCAGACCUAAAACAAAAGUAUCAAAAACUCAUAUUAAUGUAUCAUCCAGAUAAACAAAGUGCAGAUGUGCCAGCAGGAACAGUGGAGGAAUGUAUACAGAAGUUCAUCGAAAUUGAUCAGGCAUGGAAAAUUCUAGGGAAUGAAGAGACAAAAAAAGAGUAUGACCUGCAGCGGCAUGAAGAGGAUCUAAGAAAUAUGGGACCAGUAGAUGCUCAAGUAUAUCUUGAAGAAAUGUGUUGGAAUGAAGAUGAUCACUCUUUUUCUCUGAGUUGCCGAUGUGGUGGAAAAUACAGUGUUUCUAAGGAUGAAGCAGAAGAAGUUACCCUGAUUUCUUGUGAUACAUGUUCACUAAUUAUAGAACUCCUUCAUUAUGGCUGAAAUUGUUCACUAAGUGGGAUCCUUUAACUGUGUAUUCAGACAUGUUGAAGAGAGCCCAUUCAAGUAAAUGUAUAAAGCUGAUAAAAAGAAGUAGGAUUCUUUUUUUGGUCAGCUUUUAUUUGCAGAGAAAGUAUAAGACUGUCAAGCAAGGGCCACCCCAGAUUAAUAGAAAAUUAAUUUAGUUAUAUGUAUUUAUAUUUUAUAUUUAUAGAUCACCAAAAAAAAAAGGACUUGAAUUAUAAGUUAUAUUUUGUGAAUUCCCAUCUGAGAACUUUGUUAUUUGGUCCAUUUUUCCUUGGUAUAAGAAUUUUCCAUUUCUUUAAGCAUGUUUCCUCUUAUAAUGGGUCACAGUAUCAUCAUGUUUCUUUAUAGUUACUGAGUUUCUGAAGUAACAUGACAUUUCUAGCUGCUAAAGUUACAGGCCUAUUGUACAAGUAUCUCAAAGUCUCAAGUCAUUGGGAUUAAAUUAUAAUCUUUGUGAAUAACAUGUGAGCCUAGUACUCCCAUAAUGAGGGCUGGAUAUGGAUAUUCAUGAAGUUAUUUCAAAGUUAAUAAAGAAGGUAAAGUGGCAACUGUAGAAAGGAUAGCUUUGGAGUGAAAAGACUUGACUCGUCCUGACACUAUAUUUCCAUAUUCUUCGUGUGGCUACAUUAAAGGGAAUAAAGCUUGAACACUGCCAUCUUCAACUUUAAAUGUAACUUAGGAAAUGGUAGCUUUAAAAAAAAAUAAAUAAAUUUGAUACAGAUGCAUUAUUUUCCUUUUUAUUUCAAAGUACUAAGUAUUAAUUCCUGUAUUUAUGAAUAAGGAACCACACUGCAUUGCUGGUAUGAUCAAAUGGACUUUUAUAAUGUUAUUAUUGAUUAUAAUAGACUCUAAAGAUUUUAUUUUUCUGUAUAUUUGAUACUUUAUGUACAGUAUAAGUCAGGACUCAUUUAAAAAAAAUUGAGGAAUCCUUUAUGGGAUCACUGGAACUUUAUUACUUAAUUUCAAAUGAGUGAACCAAGCAUGUGUCAUAGCAGCUUUUUAUUAGGUUGAACCCAUGGUAUUUAUUAUUGGUUUGGACUUAAAAGACUAGUUACUACUCUGAUGUGUAAAUGUAGCAAAAGUAUGAGGCAUAUUCAAGAAAAGAUUACUUUCGUUAUAGCUAUAAAACCAAAAAUUCAGAAGUGAGGUUGUCAUCCAGGUUUUUUCCCUAAAAAUAUUUUUAUAUCUAUCAUAAAAUUUAGAUGACUUUCUUUUUUAGAUUUGAACACCGCCAUCUUCAACUUUAAAUGUAACUUAGGAAAUGGUAGCUUUAAAAGAAAAAUAAUCUGAAUACAAAUUUAGAUGACUUACGUUUUUAUCCAUAUAUUGGAACUAAUAGAGCUUGCAGUACGUGUCGUUUAUUCUUUACAUAUAACAAUUACAAAUGAUUAAAACUAAGUAGCAAAUAGUUUAUUAGUAAGUACAUGGUUUCAGUGGCAAUAAUAAAUUCACUUGGAGAGAAAAAUCAGAACAAUAAAUUCUUGCUAAUCGUCAGAAAAUCUGUGGCCAUUAGGGCUGUCACGUAGAAAUCCAAAAUCACUCAGAGGCCAAAUCUGUAAAAUUAAAAUGUGAUUGAAGACAGUUAAUGAAAGUGUUAUAUCAUCAUCAUAUUCCCUUUAUUCAUCCCUUUUCUUUGUGCCAUAUAAACACUUUCUCCUUAUUUUUAGUCAAGAACAAAUUCUCUAUACCAAAAUAAGACUUUAGAAAGUAAACUUGUAUGUGCAUAUGUAUUUAAACUCUAAAGUUUGGAAUGCUGAUAUGUUAUACAAGAAAUUAUACGUGUAUGGUAUGUGAAUAUAUAUGUAUGAAUAUGUGUGUCUGUGUUUUCUUUUACUACCUUCAAAGUUAACUGUAAGCCUACGUAUUUAAAUAUAACUUCUGCAUAAGUAUAAAGAAUCCUGCAGAUUAUCCCACAGCCCCAAGUAUUCAUGUGUUUUUCUUCUUACUGUUGUGGCAAAAAGGAGGAGCCAGUGAAAAUAAUAAUCCUUCCUACGAGUCCUACAUUUACUGUAACCAUGGUAAGUCAAUGUACUUAACUGGGAUAUCCGCACUUAACAGUGUGGUUUGACUACACUGCUCUUCUGCAAAUGCAUAUUUAUUUCCAAGAUACAAAUAUAGUUGUACAAGUUGUAUGAGAAAGAAUUACAUUCUGGAGGUUUAAACUAAGGGCUUCUUAUAGCUAAGGUAGUUUGGACUUUAUUAUUCAAACAAAAAAUUACUCUUAAUUACCUGUCUCAGUGGGGAAAAAGGUAAUGUUUAUAGCUAUGAAGGCCAGCAUGUGCCUAAAAUGUAGUCGCUGCAACAGUUAAGUCCACUGACAGCCUGAAUAUUUCAAAGUUCAUUUUGGAAGAAAUUGGUUUUUGUUUUUUUUUUCCAGCUCAGAGAAGAAAACCUACAUUUUAAGCAGAAAAUAAUACCUUGAAAAAGAUACGUCCUCUUAUUAGUCCAUAUGGAAUAGGUCCAUAAUACCUGGAAUCUGUAGAAUUCUGUAGAUUAUCACCUUCUAACCAAACAUGACCUGUUGGCACCUAGAAUUAGAGAAGAUAGCAGCCCCUUUAAAAAACAAAAACAAAAAAACAAAUUUGGGUACUAUAAAUAAAAAGCAUGUCUUCUGGUAGUAGGAAGAAAUGUCCUACUAAAGUUCUUUUUUAUAAAACACAUACAAACCCUAUGAUUUGUAUUUUUGCUUUUAUUUCUUGCACAAUAAAAAAUCUUUUACUAAAUAAUAUUAGUAAUGUUAAGAUUUCAUCAUUUUAAAAGACCUAUCUUUUUUGCCACAUGGUUCCCAAACAUUAAUUUGUUACACAAACCCCAAACUGAGGUUAUAAGAGAUCAAAACAGUGUGACAGGGUCAUUAAUUUAAUAGACUUCAAAAGAGGUCAUUAGGAUGCUGACUGAAAAUGUGCCCUCCUGUCUCUGGAACAGCAGAAGCAGGGCAGCCACUCAACUCAGCAACAUCCUGGGGCCAGUACCACCGCCAGACCUAUUAGAGUGCUCAUGAUGAACUAAAUGGUAAUUGAUUGUGACAUCAAUUACAAAUAAUCUCAUCAUUUUAUUGGAGUGGGCUUGUCAGAAUUCUAAUUAAGAUCCCUGUUCUGCCUUUGUACAGGCCAUAUCUUCAAUGCAUUAUACUUCAGUAAUGACCAUCAGGAACUAGAAGGACCUAUUAUAAAAUCAUCAGUUGUAAAAUUAAUGAUGGUGACCUACUGAAUAAAAGACCCUAUCUCCUAUAUUGUCCUAUGUAUUAACUGGUAAAUAACGUUAAGUUUACAUUUUUACUCAAUGUCAACCAUAAGAAUAUUUAGAACAGAACAUGUUACCUUAAAAAAAAUGCGCUCUGUGAUAUGAAACAUUUGCCCAUUAAUCUAUUCUAUAUAAACUUAAAAAAUUACUCUGCAGCAGUAAUCCUUAAAGUAGCAUUUUACAAGUUAUUUUAUAGUUUUUGUUACCCAAGAAAGUUGAAUUAUUGACCAGACCAAGAUGAUCUACUGGGAAGGAAUUUAUUUUCACUUUUCUUUUGACUGGCUGUUUAUUACUUGGGUACCUUAUGUGAAGAAAAAUACUCCUACUGGGUUAAAUAAGAAAUGACUGCAAUUUUACAAAAUGUUACAAAUUACUGCUUUUUAAAGACUUUUUUAGAGCAGUUUUAGGUUCACAGCAUGAUCGAGAGGAAGGUACAGAGAUUUCUCACCCAUCUCCUGUCUCCACGCAUGCAUAACCUUCCCCACUAUUGACAUCCCCUACCACAGGGGUGUAUAUUUGUUAUACCUGGUGAACCCACAUCAACAUCAUAAUCACCCAAGGUCCAGAGUUAACUUAGGGUUCACUCUUUGUGUUGUACAUUUUAUGGGUUUGGACAAAUGUAUGACAUGUAUCCAUCAUUAUAGUAUCAGAGAGUAUUUCCACCGCCCUAAAAACCCUGUGUGAGCUGCCUAUUAUUCAUGACUCCCCCCCUCCAUCCCCCAUAUUACCUUUUGGAAAAAUAAAUGUAUACAAGCAUAUAAAAUCUGAAUUUCACUUUACAUCAGAGCUUAUAUAAUUUUGGAAUGUCUUAUGUAGAAAUAUUUUUCCAAAACAAGUUAUUUUCAUUUACAUACACUUAAAUGUUAAAUCUAUUUGUAGAGAAAGAACUUAAGUUUCCUGAAAGAGUAUCAGAUGCUAUAAGAUCACUUUUUUCCCCCCACUAUUAGUGGAACUAAGUUAUAGGUUCUAGGGCCAAAAGCAAGACUAAUUCCUAUCUGUAUAAGUGGAUUUAUGUACAGUCAACCUUAUUGUUCAGGUAGAAAAAUGAAUCCAUCUCAGGUCACAGAUGAAAAAAAAAAAAAAACCAAAAUAGUGUAUUUGGAAAAGCCAUGUGUCAUUAACAUAGUCUCAAGUGUCACUAUCGGAGAAGCUAUAAUAUGGACAUUUUAUGUUUAAAUUUCCAUAGUUUCUCCUUAAUAUGUGUUUGUUUCUGAGUUGUAAAAAAUAUGUAAUAAACCAAGAUCCAGUAUACAUUCCAUUUCUUCAUGAAGCUCUCCCCAAUCUUGCCUGCCCAUACCAAAUACUCUUGAUGGUUUAGAACACUUUAAUAUAAAGUCUGCCUUGCCUGGGUCCCUGUAUUAUAACAUCUUAUUAACCUGCUUGGCUUUUGUGUAAGUCUAUUAUUUUAUGACCAAAUAAGCCAACAGACCAUAAUCGUGUCGUGAUCUUAAUUCUUUACAACACCUAAGCCAAAACUGGAAGUCCGAUAUUUGGUGGUAUUUAUUAUUAAUGUAAGUAUAAAUUCUUACAAAGCAAAAUCACUUUUGUAUGACUUUUGAAUUCUUCCAAAUUAGCGAAAUAAAGUGAUGAAGUGUUAUCUCUGGUAAUAAAUUCUGUUCUGUACUGGUUAAUAAUAAAAUUAACCAGUACAGAACGGAAUAAAUAAUUAACCAGUACAGAACGGAAUCUGGAACAUAUUACCAGAAGCCUUUGGAAGAGUAUGACUCAGCUAUCUUGACCUAGUCCUUGAUUGCAACAGGUGGAACAUAAAGAAGGAAAUAGUAGUGCAAGCCAGUAUAUAUACAUGGCGUUCCAGUUUCUUUAAAAAAAAAAAAAACCAAAACACUCAUUUGAUCCUUAAAACAAUCUGUGAAGUACUAUUAUUGAUAGUUAAUAAGUAGGUUCAAAUAUGGGGCAUGCUAAUUCCCAUUUAUCUGAAGCCUAUACAUUCUAAUACCCAUGCAUCCAUUUAUAGUAAAGGAAAUAUCCUCUACCUCUCAGACUUGGUGCUUGAUAGAAAGUACACAAAUCAAGGAAACAGCCUCAUCAUCAAUGGAACCUUUAAUAACAGCUUCUCUAUAAACAGGAAAACCUCUAAGUUGGAUCUUUUAAAUCAAAGCAGUCACUUUUGCUGACCUACCUGCCAACUACUCAGUGUCCAGUAAAAAAUUCAUGAUGUUGAAAUUAUUCCGCUUAUUUUUGGUAUAGAGUAAGAGUGUACACUUUAAAAAUCAAUUUUUUAGAGGUAUACUUUAUAUAGUGUAAAAAGCACUCAUUUCAAGUUUGACACUAGUUUUGGAAAUGUGCACACCUACAUAACUGCUAAUUACAAUCAAGGAUGUAGAACAUUUUCAUCAUGCUGAAAAGUUCCCUCCUAUGCCAGUCAACCUCCCAUCCCUAUACCUGGUACGAGGCACCUAGUGAGAUCUGUUACUAGAAACUAGUUUUACCUGCUUCUAAAUUUAAUAUAAAUAAGAUUGUACUACACAUAUUUAUUUUGUGUCUGGCUUUUGUUCAUUUUUUUAUGAUUAAUCUAGUUGUAUGUAUCAAUCAUUCAUCCCUUUUUACUUCUAAGUAGUAUCCUAUUGUAAAUUACAAUGUUUGCCCAUGAAUCUGUUGAUGGCUAUUUUUCUUUGCAGUUUGGGGCUGUUAAGAAUAAAGCACUCUAAACAUUAA